GCGGCGGGAGAGAGACCUUAAUUAACCCUCCUGUGCCCGGCCCGGGCCCUGCUCCCGCUGGAGCCGCCUUAGGGCCGCCCCGGGCUCUGCCCGCCCCGCUGCGGAGCUGCAGCCUCCAGGGCUGGAGAAUGAUGUCCAUGUUUUGCUCCAGCUCGUCCAAUCCUCCCAUGACACAGGGAAGAGAAAUGGCUGCAGUGGAUCCAGCUCAGGGGCCGGUGACCUUCGAGGACGUGGCUGUGUAUUUCACCAGGGAAGAGUGGGCUCUGCUGGACCCCACUCAGAGAGCCCUCUACAGAGCCGUCAUGCAGGAGAACUAUGAGAAUGUGACCUCACUGGGGUUUCCAGUUUCCAAACCUGAUGUGAUAUCCCAGCUGGAACAAGGAGAAGAGCCAUGGGUCCCAGACCUCCAGGGUUCAGAGGAAAGAGAGAUCCUGAGAGUUCCCUGCAUAGCAGGUGAUGCAAUGGUAUGUGAGAAAGAGGAGCAGAAUUCUCAGCAGGAAAAUGUUGAGCAAGUGGAUAAACACAGAGAAUUAUCACAAAGAUUGGAAAGGAAUGUGUGCAGGAGUUAUGAGCAGGAAAAAUCUUGUGAGAUUCAGCACAGACCAGAAAGAAAGCCAGGAAACCAGCUAGGGGAGAAAGGGAACAAAUCUAUUUCCUGUCGAGGAACUCAGAAGGAUUUCAAAGAAAGCACAACAGAGCAGGAAAUCCUCAGGAGAAAAAGAAAAAAUACAUGCACUGAGUGUGGAAAAAACGUAUGUGACUACUCAGCCCUUAUAAAGCAUCAGAGAAUUCACACGAAGGAGAGGCCCUAUGAAUGUAGUGAGUGUGGGAAAACCUUCAAUCGCAGCUCGCACCUUAUUAAUCAUCAUAGAAUCCACACAGGGGAGAGGCCUUAUGAAUGCAGUGAAUGUGGGAAAACCUUCAAUCACAGCUCGCACUUCAUUAGUCAUCAAAAAAUCCACACAGGGGAGAGGCCUUAUGAAUGCAGUGUGUGUGGGAAAACUUUCAAUCGCAGUUCGCACCUUAAUAGUCACCAGAGAAUCCACACAAAGGAAAGGCCCUAUGAAUGUAGUGAGUGUGGGAAAAACUUCACUAACAACUCAAACCUUAGUAGGCAUCAGAGAAUACACACAGGGGAAAAGGCCUAUGAAUGCUGUGAGUGUGGGAAAAGCUUCACUUGCAGAUCAGGCCUUUUUGAGCAUCACAGAAUCCACACUGGGGAGAGGGCCUAUGAAUGCAGUGAAUGUGGGAAAAAUUUCACUCACAGAUCAGCCCUUUCUAAACAUCAGAGAAUCCAUAGAGGGGAGAGGCCCUAUGAAUGCAGUGACUGUGGGAAAAGCUUCCAUUAUAGCUCGCACCUUAUUGGGCAUCAGAGAAUACACACAGGGGAGAGGCCCUAUGAAUGCAGUGAUUGUGGGAAAAACUUCAUUCACAGAUCUCACCUUAUUAUGCAUCAAAGAAUCCACACAGGGGAGAGGCCCUAUCAAUGCAAUGAUUGCGGGAAAAGCUUCACUAGCAGCUCAGACCUUUCUAAACAUCAGAGAAUCCACACAGGGGAGAGGCCCUAUCAAUGCAGUGAGUGUGGGAAGACCUUCACUAACAGCUCAGCUCUUUCUAACCAUCAGAGAAUCCACACAGGGCAGAGGCCCUAUGAAUGCCGUGAAUGUGGGAAAACCUUCACUAACAGCUCAGCCCUUUCUAACCAUCACAGAAUCCACACAGGGGAGAGGCCCUAUGAAUGCCGUGAGUGUGGGAAAACCUUCAAUCAAAGCUCACACCUUAUUCGGCAUCAGAGAAUCCACAGAGGGGAGAGGCCCUACGAAUGCAGUGAGUGCGGGAAAACCUCUUGGCACUCAGCCCAUGUUAGCCAUCAGAGAAUCUGCAAGGGAGGUGAAGAUGAUGAUAACCUUUAGGGCUAUGAGUAUUUUUUUUUUGUAAUACUUUGGCUGAUUACCAUAUAGUAACUUUUAAAGCUGUUUGAACAGUUUGCAGCACCGUUAUCCCUCAGCUUGUCCAGAUGAGGGGCCCAUUUUGGCCUUUUUUCAGUUUGCCCUGUUUUGAGGUGGACCCAUUUGUCCUUUCUAUCAGCUCCAUUGUCCCAUAAGUAAUUUGAGUGUGCCCUUCCUAUCAGGAGCCAGGGAGCAUCAUGUUUAUACCAUUCCUCCUCUUGCAACAUUAUUGUUAGAGUCACCAGUGAUACAGAUUGUGUCACUGCCAGUUUUUCUCACGUUGCUCUAGGUUGUGCUGAAGAGAAGAUAUAUUGGGACCUUUUCGAGUUAUAUUAUUUAAAUGAAGAGGAGCAGGGGCAGGAAAAAGUGUCAUUUCAGCCUGUGUGUCACUGGAAGGAGAUGGAGUGACUCAGAGAUUCCUUCUUGCCCCAUAACAGCAGAACUGUUACCUUUUUUCUGAGCUAUGCAGAGUUUAUCUUCAUCACAUUCUAUCCAUCCACUUCUCAAAGUGUUAUGUGAUGAAGUGUUCUUAGUUGCUUAAAGAUGAUACUUUGACUUCUUUAGUCCUAUACUAGAGUCGCUGUGACUGGAGAUGAAAGUGUCAAGGGCCUGGAAGGGAAAUUCAAAUGGAUCCCAAAUACAAUGUGAUCAUUUUGAGUUUAAAUCCCAUCUAUUGGCAUAGCCACUUCUAACAAGGUGGUUGUUUUGUCCUCCAUUAUGGUGAUGCUAGGAUACUAAAAAUUGUGUAAAUAACAUAAUUGACUAUUGAGACAGUGCUGAGUAAAGCAGGUUUGAAUGGAUCAGAGGAGAAUGUGUUGGGAGAAUCUCUUGUCCUGAUUCUGAAUAAUCAGAUGUAACCUGCUCUGGACUUUCACUUGACACUUUCAUUGUCAUGUUUUCUAUCCCUCUGAGAUGUGGAUUUCUAUCUUUCCUAGAGGCUCCUUGGUCACCCAGUUGGAUAUUAGAUCAGUUUGAUAGGAUGUAGCUCAGAUUUUUUUGGAGACUUUAAGAUUAAUGACCAUUUGCUAAAGUCAUCAUUUUUCACUUCAGUUUUGAUUUUCCCCAUCCCUCCAUGAUGACAUGGAGAAAGUUCAGAUGCAGUUCUGUCAAGAGGAAAGACCUCUCCAAUUUACUGGACAUGCUAACAAAGAAACAGUGGUGAUUUAAAAUCUCCACUCAGAAAUGGUGAAUAACAGCAGAAACCCAACUAAGUGGAGGAAGUGCAUAUGAUCAGAGUGCAGUUCAGUUGUUUAAGUCAGUAUUGUCUCAGAUGAGCUGGGGAAAAUAUUCCAUGGUAAGCUGUUUUGAACUAGGCAAAAUGUCAAUGUAUUUGGUUCCCAAAGCAUUUGUAAUCCAGGCCCCAUAAAGGUCUCUACUAGCUAGUCCUAUGGUGUGGGAGAUGCUGCCCUUCAUGGCACAGAUGUUGAGGAAAUAGAAGUGUGGGUUUUGUUUAAUUUAUCCUCUGUAGUUGCUUAAAAUGUGUAUAUCAUUAAAUCAGUGUUGAAAUCUAAUAGCUGCAGAAAAAUAGCUCUUUUUGACUAGUAACUCCAGCUCUGGUAACUAACAGAGAUUCUGAUCCAGGCCUGUAUCCAGUCCCGUGACUGGAACUGUGCCACCAAAUUAAAGCAAAGCUGGGCAUGUUUUGUUAAGCCACUGCUAAGAUUUUGAGUGGUUUUGUAAAGGAUUCUACUUCAGACAACUGUAAAUGUAGCUUAACCAAGGCCAAAGAUUUGAAAACAACUGGGCUUUAAAGAGUACACACCCAAUUCUUGCUUUCCAUUCAAGUAAAGCAAGCUGUGGUGACCAAUGACCCAAGGAAAAUUGUUUGUACUACUCCACUUCCUAGUUCAGUGUCACUGAUUACAUUUCCAAAAGAUACCAGGGUUUGAUUGAGAACAAUCAUCCUUCACCAUUUGGAUCCAAAGAGAGAGUGCUUCAUAGGACAUUCCUUCCCUGUGGAUCUGCAACUGGCUGCCUGAUUGGGUAACAAGGACUUUCAGUCUAUAGAAAUGAUGGUAACUAAUGAGAUAACAAAUGUGUCAGGCUACAGUUUUAGACUUCAGGAUACACAUAUGUUCUGUGGCUACACAAUAAAGCUGAUGUUGGCACAGCUGCAUCAAUGCUAUUACAGACGUUGUAAGCCAAUGAAAGUGAUCCCUCCUGUUGACUUUAUUAGUAUCCUCCACAAGCUGCAGUGGUUAUAUUGGCAGGAGAAGCUCUCCUGCUGAUGUAGCGCUAUCUACACAGGGUUAGGGCUUUGUAACUAUGUAGCUCAGCGGUGUGGAUUUUUCGCACCCCUGAGCAAUAUAGUUAUACUGAUAAAUGUCUUUACUGUAGACCAGACAGUUUUCUCUUGUGUUUUAUGCAUUUACAGCACUUCUGCUCUAUCUCCUCCUUCUUUGAAAGAUUAAAAAGUAUGAAAAGAGAGGUAUUUUUCCUCAUGAUGCAAACAUGCCCACAUUGGAGAUCACUUCCACAAACAGACAUGGCAGAUGAACCAGAGAUAUAUGAACUCACGGAAGUGGUUGGGGCCUACAUUAAAACAAACCAUAAUUUGAGCCAAGCUUCAGUUGUUGGCAAUGGGGAUAUAUAUUACAGGAAUUUGUAAUAUUUGAAGAUGUUCUUGUUACCAAUGAAAAUGAAGUUAUAGUUGAAGUUACUGGUUAAAGAGUAAGAGACUAAUUGUGUGAUAAUCUGACUUAUUUUGGAAAA